AUGUUAAAUGCUUAUUUUGUUUAUAAAAGAGUCAGAGGCCAGGAACUUUGGACUUCAGAUGUGAUAACCACUGACUCCAUGCCUUUUGAUCGGAACAUUUUCGUUGUGCGAUAUUUUUAGGAGCUUUUUGUCAAUUUUUUUUCCUUGUAAUAAAUUUGAUAAAUUUUAAUGGGAUUUACCCCCAUAAGGAAAAUGCAGUGAAUAAAAAUCCUAGAAGUGCUAUACAGCCCCUGAAAUAUUUUAGAUCAUUAUUGGCCAUCCAUGCUAAUUUCCAAAAUUAAUUUGUACUUGCCAGUUUUUUAAAAAAAUAAAAAACGAAAUUGACAAAUCUCCGUUUAUGGUUUUAAGGUGCAUAAUAAGACUUAUAUACUGUAUAAGGCAGGUGGCCUGUACCAUAUUUUUCUGGUCUGCAUUCUGCUGGGAUAUAGAGAUCUAUAAAGGUGCAUGAGCUACACGAGGAAAAGUUCCUUUCAUUGACUAGCAACAAUAACCACUACACUACCUCUGAGUUUAUAUAUUAAAUUAUUUGUAAAUAAAAUCAAUUAUAAUUUUGAUCAAAUUAAUUCAAUAAAAAUGACAGAGAUUCCAAGGUAUUUUUUUGUAUUUAAAACAGUUACGAAGGCUGACACCACAGCUCUUUUAGAUGAAAAAUUAGUCGAUGAAUCAAGAAGCCGCCUUGCUCAAAUAUUUGAUCUCUUAAAUAAUGAUGAAAAAAGCCAAAUCCUUCUUGAUUUUCAUGAAUUGAACCUAAAAUUUUGUAUCCGUGAAAGAUUUUCAGAGGAAAAGACAUCAACAGUACUUGGGAUAUUCAAUUAUGCUUUAUCUAAAGCAAUUGAAGGUGCCUUAAGUCGAUCUGCAUGCUUUGAAAUAUUCAAGAAGCUGCUUUUGAAGCAUUCAGUUGAGCGAUCUCCCUAUUCAAUCGCAGUUUUCACUUUGGAUGAUCUCAAAAAAGUCCUGGAUUUUGCCUUGUGCACUUUUUUCCAGUACUAUAGCUUAUAUGAAUAUAUUUUUACUCCUCACACCGAUCUCUCUUUACGAGUUGUUAGCAGAUUUGAAGGACGAUUUCCUCUUGUUUUACCUUUAAGUGAAGGCUCACAAGCAGAUGCCAAUAAUAUUGCAGUGCUUGACCCAUAUAUUGAGAAGCCUAUUGAAGAAGAAGCACCUGCAGAAGAGAACCCUGAAGAAGAGGAAGACCCAAUGGCUGACCCACUUCAGUAUCUCUUGAAUAUGGAAAUGAAAGCAAUUAAAGCAGAAUUGGAAGAAAAAAUCAAAAAACAAGAUGAUGAAUUUCUGUCGAAACUGGAUUCAUUUAAAAGAUAA